AUGGCUGCGCUCAAUGUUCCGCUCCCUCCAGGCCCAGGUUUCUACGUGGGCAUACCUGGCGAGAUGGAACUCCCUGCGACAACCUGGAUUAUGUCACUUAUCUGGUUGAAGAUAGAAGAGCGGCCACAUGCCGAGGCAAACGAUGUAGACAAUGCAGGGACUCGAGUGACAUGUGGGCUGGACCAGCGCUAG